AAAAACCAAGCGUGGUGCUUUUUGCAAUCCAGAUGUUGAAACAGACUCGCAAAAGACAGCCAAGGACACCACAACAUCGGUCUACAUUUGAACUGUUUACCCCCUUUGCCUGGAAACAUCCUAAAGAACGGAAUGACCUAAACUUAAAAAGAAGCUUCAUUCUCAGAACCUGGGUACAUGCAAACACUGGGAUCUGUUGACUGGGAGCAAUUCAUGUAGGGAUACCAACAACCACCGGAAUUGGUACUUUACGCAGAGCUGAAAUUUUACGCACCAUUUUCGAAGUUUUGGAAAUUGAAUAUCCUGUCAUUCUUUCCACCGUUAUGGCAUCUUUGAAGUAGCUACAUGUGAUGGAACAUAUAAAGCGGGUUUUUAUAAAAUAAGAUUAUUUGACAGCACACUGGAUUGUAGUAAAUUAUCUGUGUAAUUUAUUAAUAGCGAAAAGUGGAUAUAAUGGCUCUUAAUUUGUUGCUGACAGCUCUAAUGCUUUCAUUCCCUGUUUGUGGUGCGAUUUUUACUGGACCUUUGCAGCCGGAGAUGUCCAAUGGCACUUUCCAUCACUACUUCGUUCCGGACGGCUAUUACGAGGAAAACGACGACCCGGAAAAAUGCCAAAUGCUCUUUAAAAUGACAGACGACAGAAAAUGCGGAAUGGGUGAAAACCAGGAUUCCGUCAUCCGGGAUGAUUUCACAAUCAUUAAGCGACACAUAGAAGACGCUGCAAGGGUUUUGGAAGGAGUUGGUAAAAGUAUUUCUUACGACUUGGACGGAGAGGAAAGCUAUGGGAAGUAUCUCAGAAGGGAGACAACGCAAAUCGGCGAAGCUUUCACCAACUCCGAGAAAUCACUGCUGGAGCUGGAGGUAAAAUUCAAGCAGAGCCAAGAGAAUGAACUGAAAGAGGAGCACCGAAUCAACGACGACUUUCUGAACAUGAUUGUUCACACCAGAGAUGUGUUGAAGGAAACUUUAGACAUCUCUAUAGCGCUGAAAGACAAGCACGAGUUGCUCUCUCUCAUUAUCCGCAGUCAUGGGACCCGACUAAGCCGACUAAAGAAUGAGUACAUGAAAGUGUAAUGGGCUUUGCAAUACGGCGACGUGGGGAAAUACUUUGUUUUAACGUUGUAUUUGCUAUUUACCAAAUGUAUAAAUCGCAAUCAAAGGGAAAUGUGCUCGCUGAUUAACCGAUAGCCAUACAAUAAAUUCAAGAAAUGAAGUCGACACUAACAUGAAACAUAUAAUUUAUUAAGUAGCCUGUUCUGAUUUGUGCUCGAUUUCAUAUCUAUGACCUAGAUUUAUAUACCACGAAUAUAUUUAGCUAUAUGAACAUUUUAUUGUGUUAGUUAUUGCAAUUCGGGCUAUUGCAAUUGUUUGUGUGAUUGUGUUUGUGAGGUCUAUUGUAGCCUUUGGUUAACCACCAUUUCAAGUUUACCGUCAUGUGCGAUAAAGCUUAGAGAGGUGCAUUUUACCAAAACCUAUUUGAGAACACAAGGGUUAUUUAUUUUAAAAUAUACAGUCGUAUGACCGAACCUCUCGAUACUAUUUUGAAGACACCGGAAUAAGUAAGAUUAACCAAUUCGCAGUUUUGACCAAUGGGACUAUAGACAUGUUCAGGUGCUCACAACAACUUCCACACAUAGUCAAAAAUGUGCGUCAAAAACCGAAAGCACUGACUGUUUUUUUUUUUUUUUUGUCAUGUAUGCAACUUAACAUAAAGUCAUUUGUAAUGCAGUUACCUUGUAAUGGCACAUGAGGUAAGUUUUGAAGUUGUUCAAGAUUUAAACUGCAUUUAUUAUGUUUACUGGAAGUAAAAGUAAUAAUUCAGAUUUAUUCAGUUGCUUAAUCGUAAUUUACGCAAUUGUAACUUUUAAUUUUUUAUACUUUUCACUUUUGAAUGUUAUGUUUCUUUAUAAUAAGUUUCCAUCUGUGCUUUACGCCUUUUGGGGAAUGCAUACUGUAUAAUUGAGCUUAUGAAAAUUAUUUAAAGCUGUGUGUUCAUAUAUUUAAGGAAAAAUGUGUAAUUCCAAUGUUGUAUUAUAUGUUUUUCUCUUUACAGUGUAUUCUUGAAAUUAUUCAUUUUACUUGUAAAAACAAACAAAAGCAGACAGAGAUUAUCCUCUAGUCUAACAAGAAACUACUGCAGGCAGGAAUAUAGGAAUGCAUCAAAGGAGUAACUAAAUACCUGAGUGUUGUUCAUAUGUAGGCAAUGUUCAUGGCUGUAAUGUGAUGUAAGCAGACUUUCACACUGUCUUUCCAAGAUACUUGUUUAAAGCUAAACCAGUCAGUGACAGAACUCACUUGUUAUUGUUUCCUUUUGCAUUAGUUUGCAUUAAAGACUAUUGUUUUAUUUCAAACAUUUUGCCCAUAACUUUCUCCCAAAGUUUUUCAGUAUUGUAUGAAGACUGUUAAGAAAGGUGUAUAGGUAUUCCCAAUGACAUUGGAAAUUGGCUACCUUAUAAAUUUAGCUUAAUUUGUUUUAUGUUGCUAAAUAAUGUAUUAAAGACAUUUUUUCUUGUA